AAGUAAAAAGGUAUCUAUAAGAUUUUAUUGAUAUUAUAAUUUAUAUUAUCUUAAAACUGUUAAGGAGGCGGUGUUUCUGAAGUUUUAGCAAAAACAAUUGCAGCCCCAAUUGAAAAAGUGAAAUUGAAGCUGUUCAUUGAUCCUAAUAGGAUUACUACAUCUUAUACAAGCAAUUAGAUAUUUAGACUAUAAUUAGGAAUUUUGGAUUGUUUCAAGAGAGUGUUUGUAUAUGAGGGUGUUCUUUGUUUAUAGCGAAUUGGCCAUAGUCAUCGGAUGCUUCCCUACAUAAGCUAUUAAUUAUUUUAUAAUUCUUAGGUGGUGUUGAUCCCCAAAAAAGAUCAGGCAGGUUUUAAUUACAAGUAAUUAGAUUCUUUGUUGGUUGAUUGCCAUGUGGUUGUAUUGCAGGAAGUGUUGGAUUAUUAGUUGCGCAUCAUCUUGAUUUCAGUAGAACAAGAUUAGCAGCAGAUAUCAGAAAGGGAGCAGAUGAAAGAAAAUUUAAAGGAUUGGUGA